CUCCCAACCACACUUCUCGCAUCAUCACCUUUCCAUUCUCUCAUCAAUUAAUUUCAAUUCAAUUCUCUCUUCCUUCCAACUUCACAUAUAUAUAAACACACACACUCUUCCCUUUUCUCUUCUAAUCUAAUUCUAUUUUCUCAUUCCUUUUCACUCCUCACUUCUCACCCACUCUCUCUCUCUCUCUCCAAAACAACUUUCUCUCUCCUCUAACCGUCAUCAUGAAGCAGUUAAUUCGCCGUUUAUCUCGUGUCUCCGACUCAUCUCAGUACACACUACUUCGAAACGAUUCAAUUCAUUGCCGGCUAACUGGCAGUAGCCGUAGCCGGCGAGUUGAAUCGUUUCGUCUUGUCUUGUCGAAGAUCCGGAGAUCUUCUUCCGCAGUUGUACCGGAAGGACAUGUUCCGAUCUACGUCGGAGAUGAGAUGGAACGGUUUGUUGUUUCUGCCGAGAUUCUUAAUCAUCCGAUUUUUAUUAAGCUUUUGAAUGAAUCAGCGCAGGAAUACGGUUAUGAACAGAAAGGUGUUCUUCGGUUACCGUGUAAUGUUUUCGUUUUUGAGCGCGUGGUUGAAGCGUUGCAGCUUGGACUCGACACGCGCCACAUCAAUGAACUUCUUAAUUCGUCGGAAGAAGAAUUCUGUUAAGAAAAAUUGAGAAAAUUAGGAGAUAUAUUAAUAUGGUAAAUUAGUGAGUUUUUUUUUUUGUUUUUAUGUAAAUAUGAAUCAGGAUCUUGAGAUUUGAGAAAAAAAACAAAAAAGGAGCACAAAGUUUAGGGUUUAUUUUGUGUCUCUGUUUUUUUGUUUGUUGACGUUUCUUUGUUCUUUUGGUUGUUGUUGUUGUCGUGACAGUGUAAUGUUGUGAGUGUAAAGAAGAAGAUAUUAUUGCUAUCUUCUGAUGUUUGCAACCAAGGAAUGAGAAUCAUGAAUCAUAACGUUAACGUU